AUGUUUCUGGGUCUCAGUGCUGUUCAGGGUGUUGCCAAAUUUACAAAUGUCCAAUGUCUAAGCCUUGAUCAAAAUUUCACCACUUUCUCCCUGUGUCGUUUGUAUGCAGUGAAGCGCGACGUGGUCGAGAUGAGUUUGCGAGCUAACAUAAUCCAUUUCCCCCAGUAUCCCAUAGAGAUGCGCAUGCAAUUGCUGAAACGGGCCAGUGGGUAUAAGCCAUUUCUCUAUGAUGUCAGUCAGCGAGAUGUCUGCGAGUAUCUGCAAAGACGUAAUCAUCCGUUUGUCAAUAUAAUACUAAACAGUUUUGCCAAUCGCACAAACAUCAAGAAGUGUCCCUUGCAGCACGAAUUGAUUUUGGAGCGUUUUCGUUUUCCUGUCAAGGCCUUGGAGAUGUUACCCUUGCCCACUGGCGACUAUGCCCUCUAUACCACAUUCAGUUUCGAUUCGAUGGAACGGGCCUGGGUCAAGGCAUAUUUCACUUUGACAGAAUUUCGUUGAACAAAGCCAAUUCGAAUGUUUAAGCGAACGAGUUAUGAGUGAAAAUUAAAAUACAUUUAAUUAAAAUACUAUAUGAAUGUCUUGAAUGAAUAAGAAUAUGAAUAU